AUGACGUAUAGGGAAGAUCCAGAGAGUAUGAAGCUUUGUGAAGAUCUAGAGAGCAUGACGUAUAGUGACAAUCUGGACAGCAUGACGUAUAGUAAAGAUCUAGAGAGCGUGACGUAUAGUGAAGAUCUAGAGAGCGUGACGUAUAGUGAAGAUCUAGAGAGCAUGACGUACAGUAAAGAUCUAGAGAGCGUGACGUACGGUAAAGACCCGGAGAGAAUGACGCAUAGUGAAGAUCUGGAGAGCAUGGCGUAUAGUGAAGACCUGGAGAGCAUGACGUAUAGGAAAGAUCUGGAGAGCAUGGCGUACAGUAAAGAUAUGGAGAGCAUGGCGUAUAGGGAAGAUCUAGAGAGCAUGGCGUAUAGGGAAGAUCUAGAGGGCAUGGCGUAUAGUAAGAGCAUGCCGUGGUCGCCACGACACUGUCGAUGUGACGUUAAGCCAUAA